AUGUCGGCCAACGGUGGCGCCGCCAUCGCCGGUGGAAGCCGCAACCGUAAUCGACACGUCGGCGAUAAUCGUUUCUACAGUCCACCGCCGCUUCGUAAACACAGAGAGAAACAAGAACAACAAAGGUCGUCGCUUUCAAGAACUUCAUCGGAGAAUAGACCCGGUUCUUCUUCCGAUUGCUCGAUUUCGUCGCGUGCCACAUCUGAUAUCUCUAAUUUGGAUCGGUUUUUGGAGUACGUUACGCCCAAUGUUCCCGCACAAUAUCUUCCUAAGAGUUCAAGGAGAUGGAAAACUAAGGAGGCGGAUUUACUGCCGUACUAUGUACUUGGAGAUUUGUGGGACUCUUUUAAGGAAUGGAGUGCAUAUGGGGCGGGUGUUCCUUUGGUGUUGAAUGGGAAUGAAUCUGUGACACAGUAUUAUAAUGUCUCUUUGUCUGCCAUUCAGCUUUAUAUUGAUCCAUCAAAACCUUCCACGCGGUUAAGGAAAUCCAGUCAAGAAAGCGACUCCGAAUCAGCCAGAGAGACAAGCAGCGAUAGUAGCGGUGGCCAUUGUCAUGAAAGAGGACCAAAGACCAAUCACAGUACUAGGAAUCAUCUUAAUGCAUUGGAUGCAUGCAAUCAUGCUUUCGAAAGGGUCUCACUAAGUAAACCUGGUUCACCAAGUGAAGAGACUGAGAGCUGCAACCCUCCGGGUCAGCUUAUAUUUCAAUACUUUGAGCAUGAGACACCUUAUAAUCGCGAGCCAAUAGCAGAUAAGAUUUCUAGUCUUGCAAGUCAAUUUCCAGAGUUGAAGACAUACUGGAGCUGUGAUCUUUCGCCUGCGAGUUGGGUUUCACUGGCUUGGUAUCCAAUAUAUAGAAUACCUACCGGUCCAACACUGCAGAGCCUGAGUGCCUGCUUUCUGACUUACCAUUCCUUGUCAACAGUUUUACAGGGUUCAAAUACAGAACCGCUUAACAUCCAUUAUUCAAAAGGUAGGGACAUAUCCAAGCUAUCAUUACCGAUAUUUGGGCUUUCACAUCACAAGUUCAGAAUUUCUAUCUGGGAUCCGGACGGAGUUUCUGAAUCUCAGAAAGCCAAUUCUCUGGCACAAGCUGCUGAAAAUUGGCUUAGGCUAUUGCAAGUUACUCAUCCUGAUUACAAUUAUUUUUUGAAACAUUAUACAUAUUUGAGAUAG